GUGGAAGUACAAAUUCUGGGGAUACAUUGCCAUCGCAUCAUCGUGAUGGACGACGACCGGAAGCGAGGAAUCGGUGAACCUGCGACGGACGGACAGCCUUCUGGCGAGUCGAAAAGGAUAAAGCGCGAUGAAUCCAGUCGAAGUGGCAGCACCACCGCCAGUCGAAACCACGAGCCGUCGCCGCACGCGAACGACGACGGCGAUGACGCCACCGCGACAGACAAACAGGUCCGCGAGCGCAACGCGGCAUUACGGGAAGCCCUCGUGGAGAAGAACCGCCGCAUUCAAUUCCUAGAGACCAAGUGCAGCGAACUGUUUGGCCAUCGCCACGCCAUCCAUGCUCGUCUUCAAACCGUGCUCAACCACUGGACGAUCUUGCUCAAAGCCCUCCACACUCUACUCCCUAACAACUCGUCUAAAGAUAUCGACAAAGACAUUAAAACGUCAUGGGGGGUCAUUGCCCCGCCAGCGUCGCUGCCGGAAGGCAUCCAGUGCGAGAUCGAUGCCUGGUUCCUCACUGGUACAGAACCCGCGGCGCCGUCUUCGACCUCCGACGACGAUGACGUCACGAGCGCCUUGACAAGCGAGAUCGAUCUGGUCAAGUCGUGGGUCGCCACUCUCCUCGACAAAACCAUCUCAUCGGACGCGGAGCGCCGUGCGAUUGAAGCGAAGCAAGACGCCGACCGACUAGUGCUGGCCUAUCAAGACAAACUUCAAACGUACAAGCUCCAAGUCCACGAGUUGAGGGCCGACUUAAACAAGAAGGAGCUCGAACGGCACACGGCGUGCCGACGUCUCGACCGCGCGAAUGCAAACGCUAGCAACCAUUCAAACACAGCGGGCGCUUCUUCUUCGGCCAAGGCCGCAACAGCCUCCGAUUCGUCGCACCAGACGGCAGUCGAUGCUGUGGCGAAAUGGCAGCAAAAGGUGGAGAAAGCUGAGCUCUAUGCCAAAGAAGCCGCCGACAAGCUCGAGAAAGCACUGACGGAUACCCGCAAGGCGAAAGCAUCCGAGCAUGCCAUGAAGCAGAGCAUGGACGCGAUGGAAAAGCUGCACGCCGAAACGCUGGACCACCUUCAUGAAGAGCUCGUUGCAAGCAAGGACGAGUACCAAAAGCUCAAACACAAGUCCAAAGAUAUUGAAUCGCACGCCCGCGACAAGUGGGAAAAGAAGCUGGCGAAAGUGUCGGCAGAAAGCGCCAAGCUUCGGGCCAAGCUCGACGAAGCUGCUGUCAAGAACGCAGAGCUGCGGCAGCGCGUGGCGACCUACCACACGUUUAAGGACCAGGUGGUCGAGCUGAAGGCGCUCGUGGCAUCGCUCGAGGUCGAAGUGGCCACGACAAAGGAGCGACUAUCGUUUGCAACGGAAAAGCUGCAAAAAGCAACAGCCGACCGCAAGGGCGACACAGACACCCAGGUGGCAGAGCUAAUUGAAGGCCAUGAGAGCGAGAUCGGUGCGCUCGUGGGAGAAGUCGAAGCUGUCGCCAAAGAUGCCGAAAGCCUGCGGGCUCAACUCACCAAGACGAUGGCCAAAGUCGCCCAGCGGGAUGCCACGAUCGCCAAGACGAAUGCUUCGUUGGCUAAGGCCGAGCAGACCAACGCGUUGUGCUUUGACGAACUGGCCGGCGUUCGUUUGCAAGUGGCUUCACUCACGACGCUCCAGCGCAACCAGAAGGCGCUGGAAUCGACCUUACAGGACACGAUCAAGCUCAAGGAAGAGGAGCUUGCGACGUUGCGCGACCACGUCAAGGCCGUUGAAAAGCUGAAGGUCGACACAGAGAAAGAACGCAUCAAGAUGGCGCGCGAGGUCCACCUCGUCAAGCACACGAUGCACCUCCAGCAGCCGCGAGACAUCCCUGCGCCCGAGGCCAAGCCAUGCGAGCAGUGCCAAGUGUACAAGCGCGCCGAGGACGAGCGGAAUGAAAAGCUGCGUGUGGCGCGGGCAGCGGCGGGAGGCGCCGGCGAAGUGUCGGAGCUCGAGCGCUACGAAUUGCUGGAAGCUCGAAAGAAGCUCAAUUGCUCCGUGUGCCAGGAUGCCCCAAAGGAGGUCAUGAUCUCCAAGUGCUGCCACAUGUUUUGCAAGGAAUGCAUGGAAAGCAACCUCAAGGCGCGCAACCGAAAGUGCCCGACGUGCAAAAAGAUGUUUGGCCAGGACGACGUCAAAGGUGUGUACUGGGCGUAGGAGUCCUUAACCGCGGAGCAAAUGCAUCCAACGUCGACGUGCGUGAACUCGGAUGUGGCUCGUGACAGAGCACGGCCACGUGGAGACCUCGGAGCGCGAUGACGGCCACUGAAGUUGGCGCGAACGUUGGCCUCGGCCAGUUCACCCACUAGAAACGAAAGCGCCAUGGCGGGACAUUAUUAUCCCGUAUGUCAUGGGUCUCGCUUCGGAGAGCAAUGUGUGUGCAGCGCUCGCUUUCAGCCAGCUCUCGCGGGCAAGGCACGUUGCAACCUCAUGGGACAACGGGCCGACGAGCUGUGGCCGCACUGUCGUCCUCGCUACCUGUUGGUUUGUUCAAGAUUUGGCCGGCCGAGUCAAAAAAUCGGUGAAUCUUAUGGCUUUGCUCGAUCGUUUGGCGGCGCAUGCCGCGUUGGAUUCACGCUGUGAAGACCGAGACAUCGUUGGUCGCGACGACGUCGUCAAUGAGGUCGCCAACUUUGUCGUACAGUCCAAACAU